GCCCAGUUUCCCGGAAGUGCUUGUCGGGGGCUGCGGGCCGGAGCUGGGCGCAUGGACCCGCCGUGCCCUGCUCCUGCGGCCGCGCCCGCGGGGUCCGCUCCCGCCUCGGUUUCGCUGGCGCAGCUCCUGCAGCUGGUGCAGCAGGGCCGGGAGCUGCCGGGCCUGGAGAAGCGCCACAUCGCUGCCACCCUGGGCGAGCCCACGGCGUCGCGGCUGCCCCGGAAGCCCAAGCCCUGGGAGGCCGCGGUCCCCGCGCCGCCGCCCGCGACUCCGAGCCGCGAGCCCGAGGACCCCCGCGCGCGCCCCCUGGACGUCCCUGCCGGAGAGCAGCCCGGCGGAGCAGCGCCCGCGCAGUCCUAAGCGGCCCCCCGCCCGCGGUCUCAGCACCCGCGCCCUGCCCGAGGGGACCCCGCGCCCGCGCCCUGCUCGAGGGCUGGUCCGCAGCCUGGGGGAACAGACCGGGAAUGGACCCGGGAAUGCGCCUCCGGGAACACCCGUGUUCAGGGUCAGUGUUUUUGACCAGGACCGCAAUAAGGAAACGUUUUGUAUCCUGUUUCAGCCUUCGUGAUGUAAUUGAAACAAAUCUUUCUUGACC